UUUUUUUAUUAUUUUCUUUUUUACUAACACAUAGACGGAUUAUAUAUUAUGAGUUCUACAUUAUUUACAUUAUUCGGUAUGAAUGUUGUGUCAGACUCACCACGAUGUGAUAAAGAAAAAGUGGACCAUCCACCCACAAUCCAUGAAUACAUUGAAUUUCUCAAGAAUCAAGUGUACUCACCUAGCGCGGUGACACCUACGCUUGUACCUGACAACCAAGUGAAAAUCCAAUGUCAAGUGCGUGCCCGUAUUCCCACCACCGAAGGAGGUGAAAUGUACCUUUACCUCUACAAGAACAACCAAGACACAAAAGAGCACUUGGCCAUCGUCUAUGGUGAUGAUAUCCGAUCCAAAUCCUUGGAUCAAACAUGGGAAAAUGAGACCAUCAUGAACCGCAUUGUACGGGGUGCUUAUUAUGGUAGAUUACAAGAGGUCGUGAAUGAUGAAUCUCGUACUUUGGCCUUGACAGAGGAUCAAGAACAAUAUUUAGAAGCACAACAGGCAAAAGCCAAAAGUCAAUGGAAAUUAUCAUCGGAUCCUCCUGUGGUACGUAUUCACUCCGAAUGCUUUACAGGUGAAACUGUUCAUUCAGCUCGUUGUGAUUGUGGUGAACAAUUAGACAGCGCCAUGGCACAAAUGCAAGAAGCAGGUCGUGGUGUCAUUGUGUAUUUGAGACAAGAAGGUAGAGGUAUUGGCUUAAUGGAAAAGUUAAAGGCAUACAAUUUACAAGAUUUGGGACAUGACACAGUUGCAGCCAAUGUAUUGUUAAGUCAUCCAGCUGAUGGACGUACAUAUGGUAUUGCCAAUGCUAUUUUGAAGGAUUUACAGCUUUCGAAUGUGCACUUAUUAACCAACAACCCAGACAAAAUUCAGCAGCUUGAGUCAUUUGGAGCCAUCAAGGUUGUGAAACGACAAUCGAUGGUGCCACGCUCAUGGUCCUCGCCAGCCAUGGCGGAAUUAGCUUUAAGCGGAGGUAGUAAUACAAACAGCGCCAUGCCAUCGCCUUCUUUACUUCGUCAUGAAUUAUCUCGACUUGAAAAUGCCACAUCACCUGCUCCUUCUUCUGGUGCUUCCACUCCUCGUCAUGAAAUGGAUAAAUAUUUAGCUGUCAAAGUAAAGAAAAUGGGUCAUAUCUUAGAUUUACCUGAUGAUUUGAAAAUGUAAAGCCUUUUCCCAAAUAAUGGGUGGCUUUUUGGCCGGCUACCUAUAUCUUUUUGUGACCUUCUUUUCCAAAUUAGAAAAAAAAAAAAAACCACUCAAUACACCCCGCACCGGCAAAUGCAAUUUUUAAAAAUAAAAUAAAAAAAAUAGCGAGAUCUCCUUUCGAAUCUCUUAA